AUGAUGCGUCCCAGAUAAGGCAGUGAUACGCCAUAUAGUGAGCGCUGUCAGUAGUGAAGAGAACCAUGUGUGACAAGGGUUAAUGCACUCGCUGCUUGUAAACGCAGAAAGCUGAAACACGUCCUGUAGCCGCUACCUGUGCCAGACAUCAGCUACCAGCCACAUUAUUUGGCACAAACCACUAGGAGAACAUUAUUGUCUUCUAUAAGAACUGCAAUCUGAUCAUCUGAAUUUUACUCUUUUGCUCGCACAAGGACACAAUUUUGUUUGGCGAAAGGAUGAAACUGUGCAACACUACUGACUACUGCGAGACAACAACAUAACCACCAUGGAUGUCUGCGUUCCGGCCCCUGGCAGGGACUGGGUCCUAUUGUACUUGGUGCUUGCUGUGACUCUGUGGCUCAGCCCUGUGGAUGGAGACGGCUCGUCUUGUACACCUUCUAUAAACGUCCCUAGAAAUGUAAAGUUUAGUAGAUCAGAAGGAGAAGCUCUCACCCUACAGUGCCCAGUGCGUAUCUGCUCCCAGGAAUUCCCACCGGUGACUUGGUGCAGAGUAGAUGAAAAGCUCCUGUGUGAUGCUGCAGUACCUGGAAACAGGAUAUUCUCUGCGUGGGGGGAACAGGAAGGAAACCGCGCUGCUUAUCUUCUAACGUUUAUCUCGCUGCAAGUAAAUGACACCGGAUUCUAUCGAUGUUCAGCAAUGCAUCGGGGGCAACAAAUAGUGAGCGGUCUAAUAGAAGUGAACAUUACAGCUACAAGUAAGACUGAUGAUGCUGCUGCUGCUGGGAACAUGACUGGGUCCAGCGAUACCGUCUCCACAACCGCAUCACCGAAUUCUGUACUUUAUAAUUAUAAAUUGUUCUUAUAUUUGGUAAUCGCGCUGGGAGCGCUCUGCGUCCUCAUUAUCGCUCUCUCCCUGCUGGUGGUCUGUGUGACAAGGAUAAAAGAGAAGAGCAGAUCGUCUCCAGACCCCGUGAAUGCUGAGGAGGUCGUGUUUAUAGCUGAACCAGAAAAUCCCAAGAACUGCCCACACCAGACUGACGUAGUGUGCUCAAGUCCAUUGGAGGCUGAAUUUACUGCCGUGUCCACUGAAGUCACCUAUGACAAUGCUCACCUGGGUUACAGCAGGUCCACCACGCUUAAUGCUCCCGAGACGCCAACAAAUGAGGAGUCCAUUGUCUAUGCGGAUCUAAACCAUGAAGCCAAAAGGAAGACUUUUCAGUGUGAGGAUGGCUGUGAUGUUGAGUACAGUACGUGGCGUUGACUGUGAGAAAGCAAAAAACAUUGGUUGCAUUCAUUGUAUGUGUGGCGUUCAGGGCGGAGGCCUGCUGUGUUUGAAUAUCAAAGUGCGCCAAGGGUGGGUUUGGUAAGCGACUCUGCUGAAUCCUAAAGGAGAACUCCGCAUUUACAGAAACACUGCCGUCCAGGCUGAUUUACUAACAGUAUCUUUUUUGCAGUGAAAAGGACAACAGAUCUGCUGUGUAGAUGCAUUGUCCCCAAUGUCCCUUGAGCCAAACAGCAGAUUUGAAUGGAAGAUAAACCCGAGUGUUGCUGGAGUUUCCCUUUAACGGUUGUUGUUAUAAACAGGGGCAGAUGUACUUAGCCUUUAACAGUGACAACAUAUAAAGAGAUAAAGUACCAGCCAAUCAGCUCCUAGCUGCCAUGUUGCAGGCUGUGUUUGAAAAAUAACAGGAGCUGGUUGGUUGGUACUUUAUCUCUCUUCACUUUAUCACAGUUGAAGGCUGAGUGCAUCUCCCUCACAGUAUAUUAUAAUUCCGGGUAAUGGAACAUUUGCUAAUGUUGGAGACAUAGGUUCUUUAUCGUUAAGAAAUAUUACAAAUAUUGAAUGUAAGAAUUGUGUAUAAUGGACAGUGAUAAUGGACAGUGGCAGACGCAGGUUCUCCAUCUGAACAUAGAGUCCUGUGUGAACGGUUCUGCAUCUCUGGGUGUAGUCGCUGUAUGUGACAUGCCUUUGACAUGCCCACAUCUAGCUAUCCACCACCUGAUCGCACGCUGCAGUUCUUUGCAGCGCAGUGUUCAGCGGCAGGCACAUGCCAGAUGGACGACGGCCGUCGUUGCUUAGCGAUCAGGCAGAGGCGGUCGCUGAGUGGGAGGGUGCAACAUGGCGGCGUUUGGCCGCCAUUUUCAGGGUGCAGUCCGGCCGACGCAUGCGUGGCAGGACAGCCCGGGGGGGGGGGGGGGCCGCAGCGGCUGCGUGAUGUCACGCGCAGCCGCUGGGACCCGGGCAGCAACAAGUAACUCCCGGCCAGCUGCAGGAGCUACGCUGGCUGGGAGCUACUCAACAAGUACAAAAACAUGGCCGCUGGGCGAUGCUUUUGUACUUGUGCGGGGAGUGGUGGCCUGACAUGCACAGCUACGAUCAACUCGGAAUGAGGGCCAAAAUCCACUCUCCCUGCAUCCAAAUUCGUCCUGAGUCUCAAUCAGGACGCAUGCAGGGCCCACCAUGAGCAGCCACGGGCCCGGGUACGGAGGCUGGCAUGGUCAAAUCCUGGGAUAGCAUAUCUGACAGUUACCCACUUUUCUCUCUCUCUCUCUCUCUCUCUCUCUCUCUCUCCCCCUUCCCAAUUAGUUAAGUGUCUUAGAAGGUAACAGCGGAACAUGUGGUUAGCGUACGGCGUGGUUUGAAUUGUCUGCUACAUAAUGCUACUUCCUUCGUGGCAUCGCGUGGCAAAUUUAGACUUUACCGUAGCAAUUUAACCUCCUGCACUGGAUACUUAGGGCAGAAAAUAAACAGUAUAUUAACAGUCAAAUAUGGACAUCACUCAUUAGAAGCCUACACAUGCCACAUACAUACACACACACACACACACACACACACACACACGGGCACUUACUGUAUAUUACAGGCUGGAAUAAUCUUAAGCAAGAGGUGAGAAACAGUAUGUGUAAGUGCUUUAUAUCAAGUACAAGGCAGCAAAAAAACCAACAAUAAUAGUGUGCCAAUGAUCUUAUCAGCGAUCAGGGGGUGUCCAUACAUUCAUAGUAACUGCAAGACACAUCCAGAAACAAGUCAGCACUGAGAUUUUAAAGUGACAGGAAUACACAUGUAUUACGUAGUGCUGACUGGCAGAGGGCCUCAUUUGCUUACUAGGAAUGCAUCGUAUGAAUGAGCGGACUGUCAUUAAGUGUGUGCGUGCGUGCACUGUUACUGCCAUCUUGCCCAAUGAACCUACACACCCUGGUGGACAUUUGGAUGCAUUUCCACAAACUGAGAUGCCUGGCGGGACCAAAGCUGAUUCGACUCUUUGCAAAUGACUCCCAGAGAAGCCCACAUGGAGCAUAGGGGGCACUUGUGGACCACCGGCUACAGCUAUGGCUGCAUUUGUUGGCAAGUCAUUUCCUUUGCACUGGAUUAGUUUCCCUGACUGGACACGACUAAGACUUACCUCGAUUCAGCUGCGGCUACACAAACAUCUCAUUUACUGCAUGACAGAACAGGGGAUGCCCCGUAGUUAUUAUGGGCAUUGGUGCAACACUGUGUGCUCUGUAUAGUAGUAAAAAAACUGUGCUGCACUCUCAAACCUUUUACUGGUAGUAGAAGAACUGUGCCAUAUGCUGAUUUGUAGCCGACUUCUCUGUACUACAAUACUGCAGUAAUGGUGAGCUCCCCAGGUACUUGAUUACCUGUAUGUAUCCUGAGAAUAGACCUGCAAUGUUUUCUAGUUACAGUAUAUUUAUAUUUAUGGAGAAUAACACAAGUUAUCUUUUCCUUUGAUCAAUGCUAAUGAGCAAAUGAAUAAAUGAUUGUAAUUUAAAAUACUAAUAAAAAACUGAUGAUUGUAACUUA